GAUACGCAAACGCUCCUUGCCAUUGAUUCUCCUUCUCAUCUCUUCCUGGCGAAUGCUACUCACUGUUUGAUUCGAUACGCAUGAAUUUACCUUAAAGUCGAGUCCGCUAUUGCGAAUAAGCGUCAUGCCGCACCCAAGUAUGCAGGCCAAAAGAUCUAAAGGAGUUCAUCUUCGGAAACGUGGAUUUUGACCUUCAAGUGCUUGCUUGAUAGCUGCUGGGAACCAGUCGACGCACAAGGCUGUAGAAGGACCUUCCCAUAGCUCAUGACUUCGGACGGCCCGUAGUUCGGUAAGGCUGACUGCUUGCUCUUGGACCGCUUGCUACCUGCACCCAAGAAUCUUCCAUCGCAGCAACGAUGCACUCGCGGAUCCCUCUGGUUUCGCUCUCUUUUCUUGCGAGCGUUGCCAGCGCAUCGUUCUCCCAGAUCAGCUUGGAUAAUCUAUACAACAUCAAGGCUGCCUCUAAUGGCACUGAUAGCGCCUCUGCAGAUUUUGACGGCAGUGGUCGCGCUUAUCCUGCGGAAUACUUGCCCAGCGAACCGUCUUCUGCUUAUCGCGGGAUUGAGUUCAAUCUGCCGCCCUUCCGGGACGCCGAUGCGUACGAUGCAGUACGCUCCGACUCUCAGGACGUAGUGCUCUACUCCAAUGCAUCCUACCACUCCUUCCAUGCCGUCGCGACAAGCACCUGGCCGCCUUCUUCCUACGCACAGGCUCGUGCAGGUAAUCUCACGCUACAUUUUACGGAUGGCUCCGAGGAUGUUGUCGGUAUCAUCGUAGCGCCCUGGUACUCAGAUUCGCCCUUCGACGGCCCCAUCCACACCCCAUGGCACUACGCAAACGCGAGUCUCGACUACAACACCACCAUUGACCACAACAUCACGCACAUCCACUACGUCACGACUCGCCUCCCCAGCGAUCGGCCGCUCACUUCUAUCACCCUCCCAGCGAACACUACAUACAUCAACUGGUUCGCAAUCACCCUGCAGGAAGCCGCGUCGCGGGCGGACGGUCCCGCACUCAGCGUGCAGCACGUACGCUCGACGACGAAGUGGAUCGACAUGUUCGAUGUCCAGCAGAUUGAAGUUCUGCUUGAUAAUCUAGCGUCGCUGAGCGGGGACGUCUCGCAGUGGAUCACCUCUCGGCAUAACGUGUCCAUCGAGUCCGAUGCGCUUGAGACGGUUGUUCCUGCCACGUUCCAGCGGCUGCGCUCAAACGAUCAGGUGUUGUUAAAGGUCGGCGUCAAGCUGAAGGACAGCGUGGAAGUAGGCUCGGAGGUCAAUGCGAAUGUCGUAGUGCAAGAUGCGGCAUCUGGGGCGCAGGUGGAGAUAGCAAACGCCGAAGGAUGGACGAUUACUGCAGGAAUUCCUCAGUGGCAGGCGAACGACGACAGCUUGGGGACGCACGAGAGCCCAGAAUGGUUCGACGACGCCAAGUUCGGGAUUUUUAUCCACUGGGGUGUCUACAGCGUCCCCGCCUGGGCCCCCACCGGCGUCCAAUACGCCGAAUGGUACAACUGGCAGCUCCACGUCCCGCCAAACGCCUCCUCCCCUACCUGGACGCACCACCUCGAGACGUACGGCCAAGACGUCGUGUACGACGACUUCAUCGACCAGUGGGACACCUCGGAGUGGAAUCCUGAUGAUUGGGUCGAUCUGUUUGCGGAGGCCGGUGCGCGGUAUUUUGUGCUGACGUCGAAGCAUCAUGAGGGGUUUACGCUGUUCGACGCGGGGAACUCGACGAACCGAAGCGCGCUGUUGAUGGGGCCAAAGCGCGACAUCGUGGGCGAUCUCUUCGCAAGCGCGAAGGCAAGACAGCCGGAUAUGCGGCGUGGGACCUACUUUAGCUUCCCCGAAUGGUAUCACCCCGACUACGCGCCGUACGGUCGGACCAAGUUCCCUGGCCAACCUGCGCUCAACGCAUUUACGGGCGAGUGCUGCGACCCAUACACGGGGUAUAUCCCGGUCGACGAGUUUACAGAGGGCGUUCAGCGGCCACAGUUAGAGCAAUUGUUUUACAAGUACGACACGGACAUUUUGUGGUGCGAUGCGGAUGGCGCGAGUGCCUUUCCGAGAAUCGCUGCCGAUUGGUACAACUACGCCGCCGCUCAGGACCGGCUGGUCGUGCGCAACAACCGGUGCGGCUCAAAUCAGACUGACUUCGUGACGCCGGAGUACGCGACGUUCAGCGCGCAGCUGUCGCAGAAGUGGGAGUCCAGCGCAGGCAUCGAUCCGUUUUCUUAUGGGUAUAACUCGGACACACCUUCCGACGGCUAUGCGAACGCCUCGACGCUCGUUCCUCAGCUCAUCGAUAUCGUCUCCAAAGGAGGCAACUACCUGCUCGACAUCGGGCCUAUGGCCAACGGCACCAUCGUCGACGAGGAGGUCGAACCGCUACGCGAGAUUGGCGCGUGGCUAGCGCAUUCAGGAGAGGCGAUAUACGGCACGAGGCCGUGGUUCGUGCAGACCUCUGCGACACCUGGCGUCGACUUCAUCGAUGUGCGAUUCACCACCACUGUCGACGCGUUCUAUAUCAUCGCCGUUGAGCGCCCUGAUGGCGAAUUUCUGCGCGUUCGUGCGCCUGUGCCGAUCAAGGAGGGCGACACAGUCACUUUGCUAGGUGCCGAUGACAGCGAGCUGGAAUGGGCGAUCGAGGAUGGCAUAUUGUCUAUUGCAUUCAAGGAGGAUGUACUGGAUCGGAUACGGUACGCGUGGGCUUUCAAGGUCGAGUACAAGUGACUGUUGUAUGUGUACACUAUCAACCAGAGAAAGGUAACGCUAUUCAUUAGACCAAAAGGCGCUGCGCAGCAUUCAGUCCGACUCGUCGAGGU